UAUGGAUAAGAUGGAGUCAAAGUCUAGUAAUACAACAGAUCCUACUAUUUCGAUAAAAAGUAAAAAGAUCAAAGAUACAAAACAAAGAUCUCAAGAGUAUCGUAAAAGGAAGAAAGAGUUUGUAGAGUCGCUUCGUACUGAGGUCAAAUCUCUACAUCUAGAAAUAGAGCAACUUAAAAUUGAAAACAAACGAUUGCAAGAAAAGCUGAAAUUAGCAGAAGAAAAUGGGAAAAGUCAAGACCCAGUGGUUCCCCCAUUAAAAAGAAACGAACAAUAUUGUGAAGAUCAUCUCUGGGUCGAUAUAAAGAAAGACCCUUCAUCAAUAAGAUACUCGAUGAUUGAUAAGGUUGCGCAGGAUAUGAGAGAUGCUAGUGAAGAUAGAAUAAACUUUAUCAAAGAGCAAUUCAACAACAUUCUAUCCAACAUGCUAUCUCUCCCAACCCGCUGUAAUGUGUCAAUCUUCAAAUCAAUGAGCGUCAAAGAAUACGACAUGUACUGUUCAAACAAGAAGCGGAAGAAGAAAUAUUUCUCUAAAAAGAUCGAAUCUGCCAAAGACAUCUUCACCCAGUACACCUUCUCAGAGCCACUAUCCAAAUACAUGAUCUACUACAGUAGCUUUGCAGUCAAGAUAUUUGGAAGGUUUGAAUCUGUAGCCCAAGAGUUGGUCCUGCAACGCAACAAGUUGUUCAACCUCAUCAAUGAGAUGCAAGACCUGAUCGACAGCAACACUGAGUUGCCAGUGAGUUAUGAGAAGGAAGACAUAGCCAAGAUUGCAGACAUGUGAGCAAAGAUAAAGGAGCAUAAGCUGAUUAGUCCACACGUUUUGUGGGAUAUACCAAAGAAAAUACAUGAAAAUAAAAAGUAUGAAGGAGGAGAGCUGACUGAUCAAGAAGAGUAA